AUGUUAGGUCACCGAUCCAUGGAAGUGGAUCUCGUGCGACUGCAAAAGAGCGAAGCAAUCCAGUUGAUCAAAACGACGCUGAUGGGUUGGGAGAAUCCACAAGGAGACGAGCAUUUCAAGAAGCAGAGGAAGCAAGCAGACUCGGGAAAGUCCGCAGCUCUAUUCUAUCGCAUGAUGAAAGAGAUAGGUGUUGAACUUCACCUGAAAACGAAUGCUUUAACACUAACCAAUGUGUCGCCAAGUGAAGUCAAGAUCUUAACAGAAGCAAGUGGUAUCACACUGUCUCCUGACCAAGGAGGCCAUAAAGUUUUUUUGAACUCUCCGCUGUCCACUGUUCUGUAUUGCGACAUCACAAUGUUCGCCACCGAAUUCGGAGCGGAAUACGUCCCUGUCACACAUCCAGAACAUGCAACGUUCAGUACCGAGCGACCAUUUCUCUCUCAGACUUUCAACCUUAUAUUCUGUCAUGGUCAAGUUCUUCGCACACACCCACGAAUGGAGUAUCGCGAAGCAUACGAAGCUACUCGUCUAACAUUUCCCCAGCUGACCCUCGCGAUGCAAUGUAUCAGUGAGGGAGGAACAUUUAUUAUGCUAUUGCAUAAAGUUGAAGCUUGGGACACGAUGGACCUCCUAUACCGAUUCUUGCAGUUUUCUGAUAUAGAGCUGUUCAAGCCAAUAAAAAAGCAUGCGAUCAGGUCGACGUUUUACCUUGUGGCAAAGCAAGUGCGACCAAGUUCCGAAGCAGCUAGACUGGCGGUGCAGCACUGGAAAGAAGGGUGGUGGCAGGCGACGUUUGUCCGGAGUAAACUGGCUGGGCUUGGACGAAAGGUGUUGACAAUUCAGGCAGAUGCUCUGAAGAAGGCCGACUUUGUGCGCUGA